AUGGCCCCAUUAACUUGGUUCAUUACUGGAGGUUCCGCUGGUCUCGGCUUGGCACUUGCUAAAGCCGCUCUUUCCAAAGGUGAUAAAGUCAUCGUCACUUCACGUUCUGCUAACAAAUUAUCUGCCAUUGCUGCCGAAGGUGCCAUUCCGGUUGCCCUUGACAUUAACGGAUCUGCUGAAGCCAUUGACGCUGUGAUUCUCGACGUCAUUGAAAAAUACGGCCAGAUCGAUGUCCUCGUCAAUAAUGCCGGAUACGGUGAGAUGGGAACCUUUGAAGAGAUUGAAUUAUCCGCCAUCGAACAGCAAUUCCAAACCAACUUCUACGGGCCAGUUAAGGUGAUGAAGGCCUUUUUGCCUCAUAUGCGUUCCAAGAGAUCUGGGCUCGUUUUGAACAUUGGUAGUGUUUCCGCUGCUUUACCAUCGCCAUCCAUGGGGAUUUAUGGGGCUAGUAAAGCCGCUUUGAGAAGAGUCAGUCUUUCCAUCGAUGCCGAAGUUAAACAAUUCGGGGUCAGAGUACUUGUGGUGGAACCAGGCGCUUUCAGAACUCUGAUCACUGACGAUUACUACUCUAGUGCCUUCAAACUUCCGGCCAAAUAUAAGGAUUACGACGCCCUUCGAGUCGAAGCCGAAAAAUUGGUCGCUCAUUUGGCCAACGCUAAGGGGAAUCCGGCGGUGUUUGGGGAAAUCUUAACCAAUCUUGCCCAUCAUGAAAAAGAGUUUAAAGAGGAAUUACCAUCGAUUCUUAGUUUGGGUAUUAACUGCUACAGCAUCAAACAGCAUAUCCUCAACAAUCAGUUGAAAGAAUUGGAAACAUUCAAAGAAGUUUCAAUCUCCACUGAUACUUUGUGA